ACAACGCAGACGGAAACCCACUACACUUGGAGGGAGGAACCUGUUUUACAGAUUUGCAGACACAUGUUUUUCACACAUCACUCAAACACAGAACCAGGAAACAGGAAACUCUUCAGUUCAGAGAAACUGAAACUGAAGUGCAGUUGAGCUGUUGUGUGUUUGUGUCUCUGUAUUCAAGCAGUAAAAUGGCAGAAGCCAGAAUUUCUCAGGAUGAGUUCAAGUGUUCAGUGUGUCUGGAUCUCCUGAAGGAUCCAGUGACCACUUCCUGUGGACACAGUUUCUGUAAGAUCUGUAUUACAGGACGCUGGGAUCAGGAGGAUCAGAUGAGAGUCUACAGCUGCCCUCAGUGCAGACAGACCUUCAGUCCAAGACCUGUUUUAAUUAAAAACACCAUGCUGGCUGAAGUGAUGGAGAAACUGAAGACUAAACUUCCUGAUGACUGUUACGCUGGAGCUGGAGAUGUGCAGUGUGACGUCUGUGAUGGAAGAAAACGCAAAGCCAUCAAGUCCUGUCUGGGGUGUCUAAACUCUUACUGUCAGAGUCACCUUGAACAACAUGAGAGUUUCUUUAAAAGAAAGAGACACAAUCUGACUGAUGCCACUGGACGUCUGCAGGAGAUGAUCUGCCAAACACAUGAUAAACUCCUUGAGGUUUUCUGCCGCACUGAUCAGAAGUUUAUAUGUCUCCUGUGUACGAUGGAUGAACAUAAAAACCACGACACUGUAUCAGCUGCAGCGCAGAGGACAGAGAAUCAGAAGCAGUUGAAGGAGACGCAGAGAUCGUUCCAGCAGAGGAUCCAGCAGAGAGAGAAAGAUCUUCAGCAGCUGAGAGAGGCUGUGGCGUCUCAUAAGCGCUCUGCACAGACAGCAGUGGAGGACAGUGAGAGGAUCUUCACUGAGCUCAUCCGCUCCAUUGAGAGAAGCCGCUCUGAGGCGACACAGCGGAUCAGAGAUCAGGAAAAGACUGCAGUGAGUCGAGCUGAAGGACAACUGGACCGACUGGAGCAGGAGAUCAAUGAUCUGAGGAGGAGAGACGCUGAGCUGGAGCAGCUUUCACACACACAGGAUCACAUCCAUUCCCUGCAGAGUUUCCAGUCUCUCUCAGCUCCUCCUGAGUCUACAGACGUAAAUGACAAACCCUUCAGUCCUCUCUCCUCUUUUGAUGGCAUUAGACAAUCUGUCCGUCAGCUGAGAGACAAACUGGAGUAUUUCUGCAAAGUGGAGCUGAAUAAGAUCUCUAACAGAGUCACUUUCACCAACAUUGUUCCCAAGACCAGGAACGACUUCCUACAAUAUUCCCAUCAGCUCAAUCUGAAUCGGAACACAGCACAUAACCACCUUCAUCUGUCUGGGAAGAACAAAGUGAUUACUAACACUAACACAGAGCAGUCGUAUCCUGAUCAUCCAGACAGAUUUAAUGUGUAUCCUCAGGUGUUGUGUAGAGAGAGUGUGUGGGGACGCUGUUACUGGGAGAUUGAGUGGAGUGGGAAUAAUGUGUUUAUAUCAGUGUCAUAUAAGAGCAUCAGCAGGAAGGGACAGUAUAAUAAUUGUCGGUUUGGAUCUAAUGAUCAGUCCUGGAGUUUGUCCUGCUUCUCCUCCAGUUACUCAUUCUGGCACAAUAACAUAGAGACUAAACUCCCUGUAAAGCCCAUCAGCAGGAGAACAGGAGAGAGUGUGAGUUACAGGAGAAUAGGAGUGUAUGUGGAUCACAGUGCAGGAACUCUGUCCUUCUACAGCAUCUCUGACACAACGAGCCUCAUACACACAGUCCAGACCACAUUCACUGAGAUGCUCUAUCCUGGGUUUAGAGUUUAUUCUGGAUCAUCAGUGAAACUAUGUUGAUUGAUCAGAACAAAUUCUAGAGAGAGUCUACCCAUAAUGCUUUAAGUUUCAUGAUAAAUCAAAUACUGUCACACACUGGCUUGACUAGAUAAUCCGAGAUAAGAAGAUUGAUGCAGAAAGACGAUGAACACAUAUUUAAUAACCGUUAUAAACAGGGAUAAAAACCAGCAGGAAACGUUAAAAAUAGACAAUG